CUGAUUCGAAUGAGGCUUGAUGUUAUUUGAACGAGCUAUACGUUGUUUCGAUGUUGAGUUUUGUGACAGUAGAGUAGGGUAUGUGUUAUGAUUGAAAAAGAGAGAAAGAAAGAAAGAAGAAAGAAAGAAUAAAAAGGAGGAACAGCAAUUUAACCAGUUUGCAGUGGUUAUAUAAAAGGGAAUUCCUCUCGUCGGAUCGGCUAUUUAACAACCCCGCGAUAAUUUCGUGGCGGUGUUAAAAUAACGUCAAGGUCCCGGGAUGCGUUGCGGAUCGAAAAAGAAGAUGAAAAGAAAGGGAUAGAAUAGAAGGCGGUAAGAAACAACGAAACACGGUUAACUCGAAGCCACACAUCACACGGUGUGUGUGUCACGAACCACGAUCACGGUGUGUGUAUCAGUCUUUCUUAUGUAUAUAUAUAACAACGUACAUGCGUACAGUACACGAUGCCAUGCAUCUAAUCGUAAGUACCGUGGAUGCGGUGCAGUUGGUAAUAUAAAAAAGUAUAAUCAGUAACAGCAGCAGUAGUUCGAUCUGUAUUGAUAACUGUGAUCGGAUUUUCGGUACAUACAAAAGCAAUUGGACACAGAAAUCAGGUGAUAAUCGGGACGAUAUUAAUCUUGCGGAUGAAACGGACAGGCGAAACGGGAAAAGAAAGAAAGGUCGGAAGACCUCUCGCAGUGUUUCCUUCUUCAACCCCAGUUUAACCUUAGCCAAGAUUUUAUAACACAUCACUUUGCUACGGCAUUUAUUUAUCCCCUUGUUAUUUCGUCCGUAUGAGGAAUUGGAGAUUUGUUGACUGUUUUAAGCCCGUCAAGAUCGCUUUUUUGAACUCCUAGUUUUGUCUUCUCUCCUUUUGGUAAUCUGAAAAUAAAAAUACAAUACUCGUCUGUCACUAUUGCGACGGCCAACGACGAGAUUCGCGAUAUAUUUACUCAGAUUUGGGAGAGUUUCAAAAUCACCUAGAGGAUUAGAAGACAUCGGUCAUCAAAUCACAACGACGAUGACUAUGAUCAAAAUUGUAACAUUCACACCAGCGUGACAAACUUUAGGAGCCUGAAUCACACGUUGACAAAAUGAACUCGAAGGAAGACAGCAACGGGCAAAGUUGCCCUAACGGCGACACAAGAAUCGAGGGUCAACAGGAGGCGAACGAGAACAGAUCUUCGCAGUGUGAGGGGGGCUCACAUCAGGCAGCAAAGAUCCCGAACAGACUGACCAAUGAUCAGUUUAAAAUGAAUAAUAACAUAGGUGAGGAAAAUGAGGACUUGCAUCUCUCCCCACAAUCAUCCUGCACCUUUGCCAACGGUCCCCAGAACCCACAGACCAAUAAUUCAAGCAGCAAUAUGGGUCCCGAUCAUUUAAACACAAAUUCGACCUGCACUGCUUAUUUAGAUACCUCUCAAAGUAACGCACAUACUAAUAUGACCAGUCCAUACAUCCUCGUCUAUCCUAAGUCGACCCCUAUCUACUCGAACUCGGUCUUUCCGUCAGCCCAAACCAACGUCGCCAAUGUGUCGACAAGCAUGGCUGAAAACGGAUCCAAGGAAGACACCGACAUCAGAAACAAUGUCGAUUAUGGAUCUGGGAUUGAGAAAUGCCCACCUAAAGUUGCCUGCAGUGCAGAGUCUAGUGCCGACGGCAAUCCCAUUUGGAACACUACCUCUUUCGUGCCUAAUCGAGGCAUGAACAACUUUGGAAGCAGCAUCGGUUCGACCAGCCAAGGAACGUGCUGCUUUUUAAGGCCCAAUAUCAACGGCAGCAGAGAAGCCGCCGGACCCAGCGGAUUGCAGAGAAUGUCUCCAAGGGAAGGCGACAGACGAGAUUCCAGUUCUGGAAAUGAGGGGGACAUGUCGGAUGGCGAGGAUUGCUGCUUUUAUACUUACAAAGGAAUGGAUGAUCCUACGCAAUUGGAUUUCAGACAGCAGUUGGGGCCUAUAGAAGGACAGAGAGAGGAGAGAGAGGCUGAACCCCAAUAUCACAGUGGGAGUUCAAGUCCAGAAAUGGACUUUUUGGAAAUGGAUUUCGAUCCUGGUCCUUCUUGUGAGCAGGAUACUGGAGACAGCGAUAUGGCAUCGAUUAACGAGGAUAUUCAGAAUAUCGCGUUAGAUAGCGUUGAGCCUGAUCCUGUGCCACUGAAUGAUCUUAGCAGUGGAAGAGUCGCCUCCAGGCUUGACAAUGUACCAUCAAAUCAACAACCUACUCAGAAUUCUGAAAUAUUGAACCAGAGAGCUACUCAGUCCUGUUCUAAUCAAGAAUGUUCCUUCAAUCAAAUUCCAACCCAGCCUAGUUCAUCACACUGGAUGCCGAGUACCAGCAGUAGAAUAGAUAAGUGGGAGGCAACAGGACUGCAUCGCGCAACGCUAUGUCCAUUGCAGGAGUCUUAUGGACAUCACAAUACAAACGGUGAUUUGAUAUCGCCUGGAGAUAGCAGAGAUACGGAUGCUGAGUUAUGGUCUCAAGACACAACAGGGAUCGGAGGUUCAAUACCUGAGAGUUCUAAUUUGGAUUCUAGAAAAGUAAAUCUCAGUUCUACCCUUUACCACCGCAUGAUGGCUAAGAAACUAAUGCUCAACAAACAAACUGCUUUUAAUCAAAGUGGCGACUCAAAUCUCGAAAGUGAACUUGGCUCGGAGAGAUCUCAAGAUCUAUUGCCUGUAGAGAAAAUUAUGCUUUGGAGCGAACAGGAAGCUACAGUGAAGCAAGUUACUCAAAUUGCAACAUCGGCUUGCGGAGCAACCGCAGCUAUCAACGCGCUCCUCGCUUUGGAUGUAGCAUUUUCCCUCGAAGUAUUGGUUCGUGGCGUAGCCACCAGGCUCAGAGAGCCAGGCACACCUUUACCAAUGUAUUUAAUGAGCCGUUCAAUGGCUGGAGCAACUCACAAAGAUCUAGCCCGAGGAAUGUCUUUGGCUACCAGCGGGGCAGUGGUGACGAAAUUCUUUGCGUUAUACCCAGAAAGGAAGAUCUCGUUUUCGCACUGGUUGCACUACUGGAUAUCUAAGGGAGCAGUGCCGAUUGCCACUCUGAAUCUCCAACACUGUGGGGAAGGAGCAAAUAUCCCUGAUGCGUGGCAUCAUCAAAUGAUUUUCGGCGUCGGACCCGCUGGAAUAUAUUUGUCCAAUCCCUUGCAGUGUUUAUCUGAACAGGCAGUCUGGCAUCAACUGGUCAGUCCGAGUAUUUUGUUAAUAAGAAGACAAGACGUCUUGGCACACUGGAGUACAAACACAGAUCUAAGGCCACUUAGCCAAUUAGGACAGCGUUGGCGAAAAUUGAACGUCCUGGGACAAAUAGUGAAUCUGGUAAGAGAAACGAUGGGCCAAAGGAGGCAGAGUUCUGGAAUAACAACGAGCAUAACGCACAUCCGUAUCCCAGCUUCAUACAGAGCUGGAAUAACUCUGGUUAUGCGAUCAGACGCCGCUGGAGCAGCAGAGUUGCUGCAAACAGAACAGUUACCUGUUCUCUAGUCUAAAUAAUCAAAAUUAUGAAAACAGAAGAGCAAUGAGCGAACUGCGACAAGAUAUAUCAACUUUACUCAAACUUUUGUCACAUUUUGACAAACUCCUGUUCGGAAAGAAAGGCAGGUUUAUCCGCGAAAAUACUUCAAACUGCCUACUUGCAGCACGCAGCAUACCUCGAGUGGGAUUUGUAAUAAAAUAUAGCUAUAAUUCUAACAUUUGAUCACAAGAAUAAAGAAUUAUUCUUUAUUCAGUUACUGUGCAAAAACUUCAGUUUAAGUAUGGCUAACGUUGCUCUGCUCGUUGAAUGGUGAUUGAAGAAGGCUUAAUAAUUGCGUAUUAGGUAUAUACAUAUGAGUACAUAUCUUGAGAUAUUUCACGACAAUUAAAAAUAUAAUAAUGAUUUGAAUUUUAUUAUACCUUCUUGUUUCUUAUUCGAAUAUAUAAUUUUUUUUUUUUUUUCGAAAAUUUUGCAUUAUAUUUUUGAGAAACAGAUAGAGCAUACCAAUUUAUGUAACGACUAGAAUCGCAAUUGUCUCAAAGGUGCGUAAAAAAUAUUCAUUGUGUUGCGUACAUACCUAGACUGCUUUGUACAGAAGAGUCACCCCCUAACUUUCAUGCAAUUCAGGCUUCUCAGGCAUGCAUAUGCACGAUACAUAUUGUACAGCCAGAGUAUAAAAUUCACUCGGGUGCAUUGGUCUGAUUUAUUAUAUCAUUGGACUGUUGUGCCUUGCAUUACUACAGGAAUAAAAAUGCUCUAAGAAUUAAUCAAUCUCCGUUAGUCUCGCACAUUGUAUUUAUUUGAAUAGAAUAAUAAUAAUAAUAAUCUACGAAAAUCAAGUGAAAAUAACGAUAAUUUGAAGAUGUAUUUCUUUUUUUUUCUUUUAUGUUUUCAUUAUCUUCCAAGUUGUACUUGUUCCCUUUCAAUUAUAUUUCUAUUUUCAUGUAUCCUGUACAGACCAACAAUAGCUAUACAUAAAAAAUAAUAAGACUAUUUUUUAGUCUGGGUAAAAAUAAAAACCAACUGGGAACCAAA